CCCUUAAAUCUUCUCCAUGGACUGGUCAUGCAAGCGAUGAUAAAAAUCUUGUGAUAAGCUUUUCUGAUGAUGACAGUGGUAGUAGUGACUUUGAAAAAGGUACUGCUUUCAGUUUGGAAAGAACUGUCAAGCGACCUAACUCAUCCUUGGAAUAUUCAAACAAGUUACAGUUACCACAAAAUAGUAGAAGUUUGCAGAAGGAAAUGCCCAAGAAAUUGCCUUCUAAUCGUACAAUUAUCUCAUCAACCACCAAGAUUCCUAUUUUAAAUUCUAAGGGGGCUGGAUCCUGGUCAUUGGGACAAGGAUCACGAGCUAGAAAUUUCAGUACAAUGAACAGAACUUUAGCUAGCCGAGAGCGUGGACGUGACCAAGGAGCAGUAUCAAAUGACAAUAAACUUCAGGAUUUGCGGCAUCAGAUUGCACUUCGGGAAAGUGAACUAAAGUUGAAGACAGCCCAGCUAAGUAAGGAGUCUGCUUUAGUUUUGGGUAGGGAUCAGAAUGCCAUGAGCCUUAAGAAUGACAAAACUAAGAAAAACAUUCCAGUUUCAUCUGGAGCUGCACAAUUGGAGCCAAAAGAACCAGAUAGGAAGCGCAUGAAACUUGACACAAUUCAUGAUACCCCUCAAGUUGUUGGUGGUCAGUAAGUUCCUGUUGUAAAGUCUAUAUUACCAUCAAAAGAUUCUCCGUGCGGAAACAUUUGUCCUCAGGAGGGAAACAUGGUUGAUCAUAACCAGAAAGAGAUUCCAUCAUGUAGAGGAGAGUCAACAAUCAUCAAAUCACAAAGAUAA